GCGCCGACCGCCAUGUUGGCCCCAAGCUCAAAACUUCAACAACCCUACCAGCACCACCCUUUGCAAUGCGUAAAAAUUACUUACCCCAAGUAUAGCACAGUAGAAUGAUGCCGGAAGGAGUCAAAAUCCCGCAGAGCGCGUCGCCCCUCGCGCGCGCCGGCGCCGGCGACAGCUCGGCCGAGCGCGGCAGCCUGCACGCCACGCCACUCAAGCGCGUUCAUCCAGCUCACCCCAAGAAGCAGCUGUUCUCGGCUCCAGUCAACAAGUUCACAGCCAAGCCCUGCGCGCCGAGCCCCAACCUCGUCAGAAUCAGGAGCUGCCUCGAAAAGUAUCGCUCCACUCCAGUCAGACCCGCCAAGAUCGCCCCCAAAGCGGUCUCCAUGGAAGACUUGACUCCAACGAAGAGGAUUAAAAAGGAUAGCUGUGCGCCAAUAGUGAGAAUUGAGAGCCAUUCGGAUAUGAUUGCGAUUGCCACAAUGAAAGAAUCAAAGUUGGCGACGGUGCACUCUCCAGGACUCCGCAGUCUGCCGGAAGAGGAGGCUGCGGCGAGGAUCGGUCGCUUCAUGCUGGUGGUGGCGUGGAGGCGCCGCCGCGACGAGAUACGAUGCUUGAGGAAGACCUUGGAGUCUCAGGUAUCAUGCUCGGAGCGCCUCCGCAUCCAAGUGUGCGUGUUGAAGUCGUUGCUAGACUCCGACAACGCCAAGAUGCGGUUCGCGAUGCGCGAGCUGGACAGGCUGAAGAACUUGCUCAAAGACAGGGACGCAGAGAAGGCUGUGCUCGAAAAGGAAAAAUAUGCACUUGAACAAGAUGUAAGCUCAGCCGAAGAUCGCGCGUCCGAGAUGAGCAUCGGUUGGCGCAACUGCCGCAACGAGCUGGAGAGCCUGCGCGCCGCGCACGCGUGCCUCGAGCAGGCGCUGUCGCUAGAGCGCGCCGCCAGCCAGGAGGCGCGCGCGCACGCCGACCGGGCCUUCGAACGGCUGUCUUCACUGGAAGAGGAGCUGUCGCAGCACGAGGCGCUACUGGCGUCUGCGCAGGCGCAGGCCGCCGCGCUGCGCCGCGACCACGACGACAAGCUGCGGCAACUCGAGCGCGCCACGGAACAACUCGAGAUGGUGAAAGUAGCCCGCGAGCGGUGUUCACGCGAGCGCUCCGUGCUGAGCGCGCGCGCGUCGCAGAGCGCGCAGCAGGCGAGCGCGCUGCGCGGUGUGGUGGAGGAGCUGCGCGCUCAGCUGCGGCGCGUGGAGCUCGAGCUGAAGACCACGCGCGAGCAGCUCGACUGGUGGCCCCGGCCGCUUACCAACAUGCUGGGCGCGGCGCGGUCGUGGUUCCGUCACCCCCUCUCCAUUCCGGAGGCUGUGCUGUGGUCCUUCAUCCCGGCGAGACACGGGUGCUAAUCUUAUUGGUGGAUACAUACAUACGUCAAAUAUUAUGUGCAACAGCUAUAGAACUGUCGUGAAAAAUAUUUAGUUACAUACCUUGGUAGGUACCUAUCUAUAGCAGAAUGAUUAUUGAUUAUGCAAGUAUGGAUCAUAUUAUGUACCGGAUGAAUCACUUUGAAACAUAAUAAUUGUGAUAUUUAAGAAUUACUCAGAAAAGUGCUUAUCGCGGAACAAUGUCGCGCGUUUGCAUAACAAAAUGUAACAGCUUUAGAUUUUGAAGGCUCUCCCUUCCCAAAUCAAAUUAGGUAGGUUAUCCUCAGCUGGCUUAUCUAACAGGGAAAAGUUUUUGUACUGAAUCCAUAAAGGCCGAAAGCGGUGAUGGCCUAGUGGUUAAGACGUCAGCCUUCUAUUCCGUAGGUGUGGAGUUUGAUUCCGGCGUCCCCGGGACCGGCGAUCCCGGCUAUCUUUCGGUCUACUAAUGGAUGACUGAUGUUUGCAUCACCUGGAUAAUAAUUAUAAUUGUUUCUCUGCUUUAUCAGGCAUGAUAGACGAAAUUACGUACGGACGUAUUUGAUGGACAGUUUACUACAGCGAAAGAUAGAAGCGCAUAGUUUCCGAUAUUGCUUACAGGCCGGAAUUUUUUAAUGAACCGAUCAGAAAAAGCAUGAAAGAUUCAAUUCAAAGAUUUUGUAGGUUUCGUAAUUUGCAACUAAAUCAGUAUAACGGCCUGCGCAGACGAGGGAGAAAAAAUAGAUUACCUACUGCAUCGCCGCAUCUUGUCACGAUGGAGUGAUAUUGGACUAAUACGGCGAAACACCUUAUUAAAAGAUGAGAGGCUUUUGUCCUCCGCGGACAAGUGUCUCGUCUACGCAAGCCCUUGUAUUAUAAUAGUUAAUCUAUGGGGAGAGCCUUUGACCUGUUUGAAGAUAUUUUAGAAGAUAAUUAUACUGAGCUUGGUAAGUAUGUUUGUAGUAAUUUUGGUAGCUUGUUAUUGUAAUAGGUAUUGUAUUAGGUAUUUGGCGAGGUCAUCAUGUACUAGGUAAGUUUGUUGACUUAGUUUUUUAAGAAUUGUUUAUUAAUAAAAUAAUA